AUGAACGUAGAUGGUAACGUCGAAGAAUGGUCUGAGAAACCCAUCAGGGAUAUUGGUCUUGGCACGUCGAUCAUCCGAGGCUCAACUGUUGGCCGCGCCGAGCUUCGGUCGCCCGUGUCGUCACCGCGAUCGAGUCCCGACCCUGAAUUGGCCCAAUUUCUCAAGUCCCGCAUUCAGGACGAAUUUAUAUUCACAAACCAUGAGGACGACGCCGAAGGGUUGCGAGAAGAUGCGGUGGCUAGCGACGAGGAAGCCGAACUCGUACUCUUUGCCGGACCGUCGCAGACCGCCGAAUCGCACAAAAUCCGACUCUCGUCCCCAGAUGCGACUGGGGAGCCAGGUUUACUGGUGAAGAAGCCAAGAAGCUAUUACUUCACAGAUGAAAUUACAAGUGAGAAGGAAGAAGAAUAUAAAGCAGCUGCGGUAACGGGAAGCGACGUGCUCAACAUGGCGAAGCUGCCAUGGCCUGGCUGUGCGCUGCCGUGGAAGGUGCACACGAUCACGCCUGCCGGAUUAAAGAAGAAUGUUCUCGUUGGGCAUCCUCCCACGCUAGUUGAAGUCGAGGACAAGAAUAAACAGAGGACACGCAAGGGGAAGAAGAGCAGGAUUGCUUUGCGGAAAAAGAUGCAAGCUGCCGACGACAAACAAGCGGAGCAAGCGCGGAUUGCUCAAGAAAAGGAGGAGGCAGAACGUGAGAAGCGUACAAGAAGGAAUCGCGAGAAGAAGGUCAAGCGGAAGGCGCGAGAACAAGCAAAGAAGGAAGCUGCAGCUGGCCCGGAAGCCCCCACGCCUGCAUCUCCCGGAUCGAAGACCUGA